UGUCGAGGGCAGUGUUGGCCUCCCUCUCAAAGCGGCGCGGCGCGGCUCGGGUUCGCACGUCAGUCACGGCACGGCGCAUGCGCGUGCGUUCAGCCUCCGACAACAAGGAGCGAAAGCCAGCCAACAUGGCCGACCUGGGAAAGAAGUACUGCGUGAACUGCCUGGCAGACGUGACCAAUCUCCGGCUUCGCUGCACCGAUUGUCCCGAUAUCGAGCUGUGUCCAGAGUGCUUCUCGGCGGGCGCAGAAAUCGGCAACCACCGGAGAUGGCACGGCUACCAGCAGGUCGACGGCGGUCGCUUCUCCCUCUGGGGUCCCGAAGCGGAGGGAGGAUGGACGAGCAGGGAAGAGCAGUCGCUCCUCGAUGCCAUCGAGCAGUACGGCUUUGGAAACUGGGAGGACAUGGCCGCUCAAGUGGGAGCCGGCCGCACUCCGCAGGAAGUCAUGGACCACUACGUGACCAUGUACAUCCACGGCAACCUGGGGAAGGCCUGCAUCCCCGACAAUAUUCCCAACCGGGUGACGGACCACACGUGCCCCGGCGGGGGGGCGCUGUCGCCCAGCCUCACUGUCCCGCUCCCGCCUCUGGACAUCAGCCUGGCCGAGCAGCAGCAGCUGGGCUACAUGCCGCUGCGCGACGACUACGAGAUCGAAUACGACCAGGACGCCGAGACGCUCAUCAGCGCCCUCUCCGUCAACUACGACGACGACGACGUGGAGAUCGAAAUGAAGCGCGCCCACGUGGACAUGUACGUACGUAAACUCCGCGAGCGGCAGCGGCGGAAGAACAUCGCUCGGGACUACGGCUUGGUCCCUGUCUUUCUGGGCCGAGACAAGAAAGAGACGCGGGACAGGGACAAGUCCCCGGGAGUGGUGAGCGCGGCGGGGGCGGCGCCCGGCGCCCUCGCCGCGCCGGCCGCCGGAACCUGCCCGGCGGUUCCCGCUCCGCCCAAAAGAAAGAUCAACAAGGAGGAGAAGGAGCAACGGAUGCGGCUGCGGGGGCUCUGCCAGUUCAUGGCCCACCGAGAAGUGGAAGAGCUCUUUGAGAACAUGCACAAAGAGCGUGCGCUCAGGGCCAAAGUGCGGGAGCUGCAGCGCUGUCGCCGCAACGGCAUCGCCCGCCUGGACGAGGCGGCCGAGUACGAGGCGGUGCGCCACAAACGGGAGAAACGCAAGGAGAAUAAGAGCGUGCUCAUCUCCAAGCGGGGCGGCGGGCUCGGCCCCGGGACGGCGCCGGGCGGCGGCCUCAGCUCCGGGGCGGCCUGCGCCGUCAAGGAGGAAGCCAAAGACGGCGAGUUCGCCGCCAUCGAGAACCUGACGGGUUUCGAGCUGCUGUCGGACCGCGAGAAGGUCCUGUGUAGUUCCCUCAACCUGAGCCCCGCGCGCUACCUGACUGCCAAAACCAUCAUCGUCAAGGACCACCUGCAGAAGAGACAGGGCGUCCCCUCCUCCAAGAGCCGGCUGCCCAGCUACCUGGACAAAGUCCUCAGGAAACGCAUUGUCACCUUUCUCACCGAGAGCGGCUGGAUAUCCAGAGAUGCGCUUUAGGCCCCGGACGGACGGACGGACGAGACCAAAGUGACCAGCCGGCCGGCGGCGUUGCCCGUGCCUCCGGCGUUGCCCGUGCCUCCGGCGGGCGCCGCCAUGUCACCUCCGCUCCUAAAGAUGACGCAUGCAAACUUGAACAGGUUUCCGCUUUCUUGU